AUGUUGGACUCGGAUUUUAAACACCCUUUGGACCUCGAGACCACUGCCAAAUCUUGCGUCGACACACCUUCCGAGUCUCUGGAUGCGCAGUAUGAUCCAGAAUAUGUGAGGAAAACGCUACGGCACGUGGAUUGGCGCCUCCUUCCCCUCCUUGGGCUAGUAUAUUCAGUGGCCCUUAUCGAUAGGACAAAUCUCGGUAUUGCUAGCACGGCAGGGAUGGAUCAAGAUAUUGGGAUAUACACAGGAAAUCGUUAUAACAUCGCAUCGGCGGUAUACUUUCCGUCCUACAUUCUGCUGCAGAUCCCCGGAAAUAUUAUUCUGCGAAUUCUCGGGGCCCGCACUUGGCUGGCCAUUUGCGUCAUUGGAUGGGGCGGUGCUCAACUUGGAAUGGCCUUCGUACCAAAUUGGGGCAUCCUUUGCGUCUGUCGGGUACUUUUGGGAGCCUUUGAGGCUGGUUUUUUCCCUGCGCUGGCGUACAUUAUCACGACUUGGUACAAGCGUCACGAGGUUCAGAAACGCCUCGCCGUUUUUUAUCUCACAUCGACUAUUAUUGGCGGCUUCAGCUCCAUUUUUGCAUUUGGCAUCGCAAAAUUAGCGGGCAAGGCCAACCUCAAUGGAUGGCAAUGGAUCUUUUUAGUUCUAGGAAUAAUCACGAUAAUUCUUGGAAUAUUGACGUGGUUCUUCGUUGUGGACUUCCCCGAGAAUAAUACCUUCUUGAAGCCGGAUCAGACCAAGAUGAUAUUGGAUCGCGUGCAGGCUGAUCGAGGGGACUCUUCGCCGGACAAGUUGACAGGGCAAAAACUUUUGAAGCAUUUGAGCGAUCCGUUUCUAUGGUCGUAUGCACUCAUGUUUAUGGCUUCAACAAUGCCGGCAUACGCCCUCGGAUUUUUCAUCACCAUCAUAUUGAACGGAAUGGGAUUUUCCGAAGAGAUGUCUCUUCUUCUUACUGCUCCGCCAUACGUAGCUGCUGCUGUUUCCUGUUUUUUCUUUGCGUGGAUUGCAGAUAAAACCAGGAGACGCGCAAUAUUUCUCGUCAUCCAGACCUUUAUGACCAUCGCGGGCUUAAUGCUCACUGCUUAUACCCCUUUACAGAGUAUCCGAUAUUUUGGUCUUUUCCUUGUGGCUAUGGGAUCUUCAGGCUGUAUACCUGCAGUUCUCGCAUAUAAUGCAAAUAAUGUGGUAUCGCACACAAAGCGUGCGGUGUCCACUGCGGUCAUUAUCGGAGGAGGCGGCAUUGGUGGAAUUGUUGCGACCACUGUCUACCGUGAUCGGGACUUCCCCAUUUACUUGAACGGUAUAUGGGCAACCAUGGGCUGCCAAUUCUUGAUGUUGCUCUUGCUGGCGAUCAACACUAUUGUUUUCACCCACCGAAAUAGGCUGGCAGACAGAGGCGAAAUAAUUAUCGAGGGGACGCCAGGGUUUCUAUACACUAUUUGA